GCCUCCCUGCCUGCCCUCCUCCACCGUAGCGCCAGUGUGCAGGGGCUCUGUCCGGGAGGGGGAGUGUCGUAACGGGGAGUGUCUCGGGCUUUCAGGGCUUUAAACUGCGCCUCUUCUCUGCGCCGCUCCGCUGACUCGACACCCCUCCGCUCCGGCUGCACCUCCGAGUCUCCACCGCGAACCGAACCGAACCCAACCCGACCAGAAGUGCGUUUGCCAGGAUGCCGGAACACCCCGAGUUUGAGCGUGCCGGGCAGCAUCCGGGCCUGCAGGUCUGGAGAGUGGAGAACUUUGACCUGGUCCCUGUGCCUCAGAACCUGUAUGGAGGCUUCUACACCGGGGACGCCUACCUCAUCCUCAACACCAUCAAACAGAGGUCUGGAGCUCUGCAGUACGACCUGCACUUCUGGCUCGGUGACCACUGCACCCAGGACGAGAGCGGCUCGGCGGCCAUCUUCACGGUGCAGAUGGAUGAUUACCUGGGGGGAAAGCCCAUCCAGUACAGAGAGGUGCAGGGUCACGAGUCCAAGACCUUCCUGGGGUACUUCAAGUCUGGCAUCAAGUACAUGAAAGGCGGUGUGGCGUCAGGGUUCAAACAUGUGGUCACAAAUGAGGUCAUCGUGCAGCGGGUGCUCCAGGUCAAAGGUCGGCGUGUUGUCAGGGCGACAGAGGUGCCGGUCAGCUGGGACAGUUUCAACCAGGGAGACUGCUUCAUCCUGGACCUGGGCAGCGAGAUCUACCAGUGGUGCGGCUCCCAGAGUAACCGCUUCGAGAAGCUCAAGGCCACUCAGGUGGCCAAGGGCAUCCGUGACAACGAGCGCAGUGGGCGGGCCCGAGUGUACGUGUGCGAGGAGGGGGUGGAGAGAGAGAAGAUGCUGGAGGUGUUAGGCCCCAAACCAGACCUGCCUGAAGGAGCCUCUGACGACAUCAAGGCCGACGCCUCCAACAGGAAGAGAGCCAAACUCUACAAGGUGUCUGAUGCGACUGGGGACAUGGCCAUCGCUCUGGUGGCUGCAGAGAACCCGUUUGCUCAGAGCGCUCUGGAGUCUGGAGACUGCUUCAUCCUGGACCACGGCUCCGACGGCAAGAUCUUUGUUUGGAAAGGUAAAGAUGCCAACAUGGACGAGCGUAAGGCGGCCAUGAAAGCAGCCGACGAGUUCAUAAAGAAGAUGGGCUACCCCAAACACACGCAGGUGCAGAUCCUGCCGGAGAUGGGAGAGACUCCGCUCUUCAAACAGUUCUUCAAAAACUGGAGGGACAAGGACCAGACGGAGGGCCUGGGCGUGGCUUAUAUCGCCAACUCCAUCGCCAAGAUCGAGAAGGUCCCGUUCGACGCCGCCUCCCUGCACGAGUCUGAGGCCAUGGCGGCACAGCACGGCAUGGUGGACGACGGCAGCGGAGAGAAACAGAUCUGGCGUAUCGAGGGCUCAGACAAAGUGCCCGUGGACCCAUCUACCUAUGGACAGUUCUAUGGAGGAGACAGUUACAUCAUCCUGUACAACUACAGCCACGGAGGACGCCGCGGACACAUCAUCUACAUGUGGCAGGGCUCAGACUCCAGUCAGGACGAGAUCGGAGCGUCGGCCAUCUUGGGCGCUCAGCUGGACGAGGAGCUGGGGGGCGGGCCUGUCCAGGUGCGUGUGGUGCAGGGCAAAGAGCCGGCUCACCUCAUGAGCCUGUUCGGGGGGCAGCCCAUGGUGGUGUACAGGGGGGGCACUUCCAGAGAGGGAGGCCAGAGCGCUCCAGCAGAGACCAGACUGUUCCAGGUCCGAUCCAACUCUGCCGGACACACACGAGCUGUCGAGGUUGAGGCCACUUCCUCUAACCUAAACUCCAAUGACGCUUUUAUUUUGGCGGGUCCCGGAGGCUGCUUCCUGUGGGUGGGGCAGGGCGCAUGUGACACCGAAAAGCAGGGGGCGCUACAGCUGUGUGACAUCCUGGGAGUGAGCCCCACAGAGCUGCCCGAGGGAGGAGAGAGCGAUGACUUCUGGGAAAUCCUUGGAGGAAAGUCUGAGUACCGCACGUCCACCAGACUCAAGGACAAGAUGGACGCCCACCCGCCCAGACUGUUCGCCUGCUCCAACAAGACCGGCAACUUCAUCAUCGAGGAGGUGCCCGGGGAGAUGACACAGGACGACCUGGCCACAGAUGAUGUCAUGAUCCUGGACACGUGGGAGCAGGUGUUUGUGUGGAUCGGAAACGAAGCUCAAGAAGAAGAGAAGACCGAGGCCAUGGCAUCAGCUGUCCGCUACAUCGAGACGGACCCGGCGAGCAGAGACCCGCGCACGCCCAUCGUCAAGAUCAAGCAGGGAUUCGAACCCCCAACCUUCACGGGCUGGUUCCUGGGCUGGGACCACGAGUACUGGAGCAGCGACCCCCUGGAGCGCGUCAUGGCUGAACUGGCCCUUUAAACGACACCCCCUCCCCUACACGCCCGCUCUGUGCCGCCCCCUCCUGGCCUAAGACUGUACUGCUGCCGAUGUCUUUUAUACUAUUCUUUCUUAUGUUUUUAAAAGCGUUUGAUUACAGUCACUUGAUGCCUUUUAGAGUUGUUUUAUGCCAAUAGGAAGCAGAAUUACAAUGAAGGUAUAUGCACUUUUCACGUCACUCAUAGACAGAAGAAACAUUGGACACAAUUGUUAAAAAAAAAAAAAAAAAAAAGACGGUGUGUUAUAUAGUAUAGUUUAAGAAGCACAGAGGCUAACCACUCUGCUACUGUGCCACCUAACAUAUUACAAACACAUUAGGUAUUCUAAAUUGUGUGAAUUCAGAAUUGUAUUUAGGUGUUAUUAAUUUGGGAUAUAUUAGAAUACUGGUAGAUUAAAUAUAUAUUUUAGAAAUUUUGAAAAAAAAAAAAAAAAAAAUAAAAUAAAUAAUACUAAUAAUAAUAAUAAUAGUAUGGCUUGAAACAAUGUCUAAAAUUAAAAACUAGUCAAAUCACAAUUAUUCUGAUUUUAAGAAAUUUACAGUAGUCAUAUUUUGCAGUUUUAUAAAUAUUUUGGCCAUCAUUUAAUUUUUGUCCUUUUUCUAAAAUAAAUUCUGUACGUUCUAUUUCAUUAUAAUACGUCAUUAUUGGCAACAAAACAUGACGUAAUGCAUUUUAUUUGUCAAACUUUUAUCAUUUUAUUAUGUUCAGAUGUGUCCAGUGAUUCUUCUGUGUAUGCUUUGAGUUUUCUGAUCCUACAGUUAAAACUAGUGAAUUUAAAUGGAUGCAAAAAAAAAACAAAAAACAUUUUCAACACCUGUUUGUGAGCCAAAUAGCAAUACAACAGAUGCCUUAGAAUCAUUUACGUCAGCACGCUGUGUUUUAUAGGUACUGUACGGUUAGCCUUUGUGAGUGACUUGCACAUUUGUAUUUAUUUGGAUAGAGUUUACGGAUAGAGCUACUGUAGUUUAUUCCGUGAUGCUACGACGCUAAAAGAAACCGUUGCUUUGCUGCUUGGUUGCCAUGACACUCCUCAGGACCCUCUGUAUCACUAUUCACCACAUCAAUAAAAUUAGAACGGAAAAUUAAA